AAACGUUUAACCGCAUGCCCUCAGAAUUGGGCAAGUGGUGUUACCACACCCUUUCAAUCAUGUCUCAACCAUUACAAGCAGAUUCAACCCUUCUACUGUGUGUUUACAAUAGGUGAUUGGGCAACGCUUCGCUAUCAACAGUGCAAAAAUGUGUCAUGCAGGAUAUGCAGGAGAAUGCAAGGUCAAUGAUGGGAAGUACCACCCAGAUGUGUAUAUAUGGUUCUGCACACACCUCCAGCCAGGUAUAAAAAGAGUAGUAGUGGUGAUCAUUACAUGCAUGUUAAGGCACAGUUAACAAGGUACUACAAACUAUCAACCAAACAGGUAAGGGAACUAAAUGUUUUAUUUUUGAUAACAUGGGAGACAUUUUCAUCAAUCAAAAGAGCACAGAUGUGUGCAUAAAAUACUGUUAAACUUGAUCUACAACGUGAUUUCAUGUUUUAUUUUCUUCAACUAAGUGUAGAAUGAGGAGGCUAUUAUUCAACCAGAGAUCAGUGUUCUGAGUGAUGAAUACAAAGCACACAAUGCAAUUGGUCUUUUCAGUAUUUUGGAUAAUAUGUACAUUGGAUAAGCAUAUUACUCGUGUCUAUUUGAAAUGUUAUGGUUAAUUCGCAAACUGCCAUUUGCUCAUGCAAAAUGUCCCCCUACGUGUGUGUAUGCAUUAACUGUGGCUUUGCAAGUUUGUUAUAGUAUAGUGGAUCAACAUAUAUCAUGCAAGUCUUAAUGUUUGCAGAAAGGUUUGCACAAAAUAUUUGUAGAAAUGUUUGCACCGUCUACAUUGAAUGAAAUGUUGUUUGCUGUGCAGUCUCAGUGAGUGCAGAUAAGCCUAUCGUAGUGCUGUUGACAUCAUGCAUGCUGCCUAUAUGGACCCCCUGCUUUUCAGAGUCAAAAUGGCAAAAUACAAGGUGACUGUGCACACACACAACAUCGCAACUGCCACCACGAUGAACAACGUCUUCAUCAAGCUGGUUGGCGAAAAUGGAGAGAGCAAGCGCACGUGGCUCACUAGCUUGAAGGGAGGCUUCUAUCAAGGCACGGUAAGUCAGUCAUGUUCCUAUCAGUACUAAGAUAUAUUUCCCUUUAAAGCUAGAAUCCUUAAUUGAAACAAUAACAAAGUGCACACCCCGCCUCUGUUUUGGCAAAAGGCUGAGAGAUGGGCUUGUAGAAAUGUCACCAUUCUCAAAUUCAUAGACUUAGCUAUGGAUGCAAGAACUGACCAUCCAUUAUAUAAACAUGUAUAGUUCUAACCAUGUUUUGUGGCUAUAGCUCAGUGUUUGUUUACAUUUACAUUGUUUUACAAACAUUGGAAUAAAACAAGCUUAUAUGUUAGGUUCUGAUUGGGUACGACAGUUGAACUAAGCUCAUGAGGCAAUUAUAAGUUAUAUUCUUCAAGAAUCUAUGGGUGUAUAUAUAAUUAAUUUAUAAAUCCAAAAAAUUGAUGUAGCAACUAGUGAUUCUACCUUUAAUAAGACUUGCCAUUUGCAUUUUUCAAAUACUGUACUCAAAGCACACACAAUAUAUAUACAUACACAUAUAUUGUAUAUGACAUGAAGUCUUAGUUGCCUUUGUUGGGCCCUUAUGUAAUAAUACUGGUAGUACAGGAUUAGUUAUAUUUGCCUGUGUUAUUUGCUUUCUCACACAGUCCAGGUUCCUCUUUCUCUCUUUCACACACUCUCUCUCUCUUUAUCUCUCUUUCUCUCUUUCACUCUCACUCUCUCUCCCCCCUCCCUUUCUUUCUCUCUCACUCCCUCCCUCCCUCCAUCUCGUUUUCUCAUUCCCUCCAUCUCUCUCUCUCUCUCUCUCUCUCUCUCUCUCUCUCUCUCUCUCUCUCUCUCUCUCUCUCUCUCUCUCUCUCUCCCCUGCUCUCUCUGCAGGCGUCUCGUGAAUUUGACGUGGAGUGCCCCUCCUCCCUCGGCACGCUGGUGCUGAUAGAGCUGGACAAACAGACCCUCCCGUUCUUCCCCCAGGACGCCUGGUUCCCGUCCAAGGUUGUCGUGACGACACCAGAGGGAGACAAAUGCCAGUUCCCCAUCUACCGUUGGAUUAUGGACAAGGAGGUGCACCUGUUCAGAGAGGGCACAGGUCAGCACCGUGUGACGUUAUAAAACGACAUCACAUAGACAUGUUAGAAUGAGCAACGCAUAAAAAAAAAGUGGAUACGUGCAGCCAUUGUGAGGGGCGGGCACUUUCAUUGUGUAUGCACGCUGUCACUAAGUUUUAAAAGCUACUUUGCCUCUUAGGGUCACCGUACAUACAGUAACACAUGCAACACUGCCGCUGAAGUAUUACUGCAAUAAUACAAUGACGUGUGAUUAACGUUUCCACUUGAUUGAUUAUUUUCUAUCUUUUUCAGCUAAAAGACUCUGUGAUGAAACGAAUCAUCUUGCCAGGUACAGCAGGGAAAAAGAGAUGAAGACGAGAACUGAGCAGUACUGGUAGGUGCUGUGGUGUGUGUGUCGUGAUCUUUUGGCCUAGCUGCUCAGUCUGUCCAUUUUAUCUGACCAACCUCCAUAUAUUUCCUGCUCCUCCUCAGCUGGGAUACCUAUAAGGAGGGUUUCCCCGGCAGCAUGAAGUCAGACAACCCUCUGGAUCUUCCUUGCGAGGUCCAAUUCUCCUUCACCAAGGCCACCCAGUUCCUCUUCACUGCCGCCACUGGGUGAGUUCCUCACCUAAGCCAAAUUUAUGCCCGAUUUGAGUACACAACAUGAGAAUGCAAUGUGCUACUCAUAAUGGCUUCCCAAUGUGGUUAUGUGGUGAGUUACAGAAUGAGGAAUUGGCGUGCUCAACUCAAAGGCUUGUAGUAACAAAAAGUAUUUGGGUGCCGAGUUCAAAAGGCAUAGACUAAGGGGAAAAAACGAAAAACCCUCACUCACUAAAAUAUUCUUUACGUUUUAAUGUCUUUUUAGGCAGCACAGGUUGUCAACAAUAGUAGAACAUUGUAUGUAAAUAAUGAAUGUAAAUUCUGAUUGUGAAAAAAGAUUCUACAAUGUUUCAUCAUUUAUAAAUAUGUGUGAAUGCCUAUUUUUCUCCAAAUGCUGACGAAGGCUGUCGCCCAAACGUGUCCGUUUGCUCUGACCUCUCCUGCUUAUAAUUACAUUCAAAUGUAAGAAUAUUUCACUGCGGGUUUGAGCUUUUUUCCUUUGUCCAGUAUGUGGUGAGAUGAACAUUUUGGGCUGCACAUGCUUGCAUAUUUUUGCGACUAUGCAGGACAGCCAUUUUUGCGUAGCUAAUUGAGUUGCGUAUGUCGGGCAUAAUUCAUCCUCUAAGGACAGUUCAAAUAGUACUUCCUGCAGCAGAUCAUCAAAGCUCUUCUAAAGUACGCCAUUCAUUUAUAUUGUUUGGGAUAAUGCCUGGGUUUUGAAUUUGCUCUGUGAAACCCUAUUGGCUCAGCUUGACAUAGUUCCUUGUCUCCCAUUCUGUAGGAUCACUGAGCUGAAACUGAAGGGGUAUUCUGACAGCAAGAAGAACUGGAAAAACAUUGAUGAACUCAGCAAGGUCUUCUGCUGCAAUAGAACAGUCAUCUCGGGUGAGUGCAUUUAACUAGAGCAUUUGCAGUAUUAACUCCAGGGGCCUGUUUAUUAGGUGGUAAACAUUUUGAAACAAAGUGAAACUGGGAAGUAAUACUACUUGAAUAUGUCCAAUAAAAAUAUACAUAUAUACUGAAAACGACCCUUGUUUACUAGGCACCAUACGGAAGAAAACAGACUGAAACAGGGAGGGAAUACCUGUCCAAUAAGAAACGCUUGAUUUUGUUUUCUGUUGAAAAGGUUUUUCUACGGUGUGCACUAAUUAAUACGACCCAGAACAUAUUGCAGUGAAACUCAAUGAAUUUCCUCCUUCCAGACUACGCACAGGCGCACUGGAAGGAAGACGAGUUUUUUGGGUACCAGUAUCUGAACGGUUCCAACCCAAUGUUGAUCCGUCGCUGCUCUGAGUUGCCUGCAAAGUUCCCCGUCACAGAAGACAUGGUCAAGCCCUCUCUUCGUGGAUCGUCCAGCCUCCAAAGGGAAUUGCAGGUACUGUACAGUACGUCAAAAUGGGACUCUUCAGUAAAAUAAAUGUUCACAUGAAUCGUUGAAAGUUGCCUAAAUUAUUGCAGUACCACUUAUAGUAUGAGGGGGCGCUGGACUAGGGGCAGUCCUCUUGGACCUAGAUGACUAUCUUGGAUAUUCACAAUUAUCAAUGGAAGUCAAUAGAGAUCCCUUUCUUAGAUGUCCAGACCUCCACUUUCUUGGACCAUCAGAGGCAUGUACCAGAUUUUUUUUUGGACCUCCAGAUUUAUUUUGUGGAUGUCCAUCCAGUAUGUUCCUCAAUAGCUAGGUUUCCAUCCAAUUGGCGACAGAUUUUCAUGCGAAUAUUCUCAAAUCCGCAUAAAAACAAUAUACACAUUUUCCCACCAGAGAUGUUUCCAUCAAAUUGACCUGUUGCGGAUAAAAGGCUGUGUGUGAUGAUGUAGUGCACAUAAAAAUAAAUUUUGUGGUUAAAUUCCCAAGUGAAAUGGGUUUCCAUUGCAUUUUCAACUCUACUGAUGGUUUUGUCACACAUUUUUUUUCUGUUAUAUAGUGAAUGUUCCCACUCUUGGCACGUGUGCUCUAGCCAACAGCUUGCAGAUACAGUGCAGGUGUAGCCUACAUGAUGAGAUUAUUAUGGACAAAAGAGCAAUAUAAUUUUUAUUUAUCAAUGGCAGCCAAGCAGCAUUGGUCAUCAUGUCACCAGAAAAAGACCCUGGAUAUUUAUUGGAAAGGAGCAUCAAGCUCAUCUCUGUGCACUUUCACUACCCUGUGAAGUUCAUCAUAAUUUACUUCUGUAGUAAAUGUAAUCUGUAGCCUAAUAAAUUGAUGGUUUUCCAGAGUCGUAGUGGGAGGACCACACAACAAAUCGUUGUGUGACUCCAAGUUUACUUAGAUAUAAUGGUUAUUAUAUCAAUUUUUGCGCAUAAAAGCACCAUUCCACCACCAUUUCACGCAUAAUACGUUUUACCGACACAAAAAUAUCCAACCUUCUCUAGCCUAUUUUGUUUUGUCGACAUGCUGAAAGUUUACAGACAAAUGUUCUGUUUCCAUCAGGCCUGUGGUGACCUUUCCUAUCCGACAUGUACUUCACUCGCAUAAAGACGUUGGAGGGAAACCUGGUUCCUGAAAGAAUAAAAAACAUCUAAGAAAGUAAUCCCAGUAUUAUUUUCUUUGAUGUUUUUGUGGGGGAUGGUAACCCUAAAAUCCAAUAAAGUAAUCGCAAACAUAACUUUAUUGGAUAUUUUUUGGGAUAAUCCACGUAAAACACACAGCUACAAUAUCUUGCCCAUUCCAAAACACCAAGAAAGUUAACCGUUAUCCUAACCUGUUGCAUUUUUGCAUUCUAUUCUACAGCAGCUUUUGGAUUUAUUCUCCCAUGUCAUCCUAUCCAAAACAGAGCGGCAACAUAUUCCUGCUUGACUACAAGAACCUGGAUGGAAUAAAGGCAAACGUGAUCAAUAGGAAAAAACAGUACAUGGUGGCUCCUCUGGUCCUGCUCUACAGAACCCCCGAUGACAAACUGAUGCCCAUCGCCAUCCAGGUAAGGUUGAUGUAACUAACGUUGGAGUGUAGACCACAGCCACGGAGACCAUUAGAAGUGAGAGAGCGUGUAAACCCAUCAUGUUUCAAUCUUCCUCAGAGAGCCCACAUACCAGGGGAGGCUGGUGGAGGUAGAAAUGGGGAGGACGGGCUCGUUACUACCGUUCCAUUCUUUACGUUCCAGCCAUUACGACGAGCCCGUCCUCCACAUGUUUCCCUCCACCAGCCUCCACUGUAUCUGACAGUGCCCAAAGAAAAUAUUUUUGAUAGUGUCUUCAAAUGCUUUUAAUUAAUGCACCACUACACACUUAAAAAAUAGGGUUUAUCAAGGGUUCUUUGGGAAGGGUGAUGGUUUUAUGUGAAACCUUUGAGUCCUUCAAUGCUUCUUUGCAGUUCAGAAAAGGGUUCUUUCCUCUUUUAGUGAUAAUUCAAACGUAGGGGAGGGCAGCUCAUAAUUGUUUUGGGGGUGUGGUUUGCUCAAUGCUCUUUUUGAGUGAGAGCAUCAUUCCAGUUUAUCUUAUCUGUUGUGUUAUUGUAACAGUUUUUCUUCCGUCCCUCUCCUCGCCCCUACCUUGGCUUGAACCAGGGACCCUCUGCACACAUCGACAACAGUCACCCUCGAAGCACCGUUACCCGUCGCUCCACAAAACCAGAGCAAGGGAAACAACUACUUCAAGGUCUCAGAGCGAGUGACAUUUCACACCAGUUACAUUAUUAUGCCAUUACAUGUUAAAUAUGACUAUGGCCAGUGAAAGUGUCUUGUGAAAUAAGUAGGGAAUAAUCAACGAGGGGCUAUGCGUUCUCUGGAAAAUAAGGAAUAAUGAGGUGUGUUCCACAACGCGCUAGAAUGCAUAGAGCCCCGAGUUGAUUAGCCCCUGAGUUGAAACCCUUUCAUACCAUGGCUAGGGGCGGCAGGUAGGAGCAUUGGGCCAGUAACCGAAAGGUUGCUGGAUCGAAUCCCAGAGCUGACAAGGUAAAAAUCUCUCAUUCUGCCCCUGAGCAAGGCAGAUAACCCUUUGUUCCCCAGGUGCCAAUGACGUGGAUGUCAAUUAAGGCAGCCCCCCGCACCUCUCUGACUCAUAGGGGUUGGGUUAAAUGCGUAAGACACAUUUCAGUUGAAUGCAUUCAGUUCUCUGUUGUUAUGUACUUGAAAAUGUAUCAAUUGACCAUUUGGGCAUACUUUAUACAAAAUAGUCCAGUAUUGCAAAGUUUCACUGGAUCAAUCUGAAACUUUGCACACACACUGCUUUCAUCUAGUGGCCAGAAUCUAAAUUGGUCCUAAACUGCAAUAUUAUAUUGUGGCCUUUCUCUUGCAUUUCAAAGAUGGAACUUAUUUUUUGGGAAAACGCAUGUUUUUUUGUUUGUAUUAUCUUUUACCAGAUCUAAUGUGUUAUAUACUCCUACAUUUCACAUUUCCACAAACUUCAAAGUGUUUCCUUUCAAAUGGUCCUCUGUAGCUCAAUUGGUAGAGCAUGGCGCUUGUAACGCCAGGGUAGUGGGUUCGAUCCCCGGGACCACCCAUACGUAAAAAUGUAUGCAUGCAUGACUAAGUCGCUUUGGAUAAAAGCGUCUGCUAAAUGGCAUAUUUAUAUUAUUAUAAUUAUAAGAAUAUGCAUCAUAUUCUUGCUUCAGGUCCUGAGCUACAGGCAGUUAGAUUUGGGUUUGUCAUUUUAGGCGAAAAUAGAAAAAAAGGGUCAGAUCCUUUAGAGGUUAAACAGUGAUUAUGUUGCUGUUAGCCAUCUAUGGGGUCCCUAACACUCUAUCUCCCCACAGCUGAAGCAGGAGCCUGGAGAAGACAACCCCAUCUUUCUUCCUACUGACUCUGAGUAUGACUGGCUCCUGGCCAAGAUCUUUGUGAGGAGCGCCGACUUUCAAGAGCACCAGCUCAACGUCCACCUGCUGCGCACUCACCUCCUGGCUGAAGUGUUCGCCGUAGCACUGUUGCGCAACAUGCCCAUGGUGCACCCCCUCUACAAGGUACAUAACACAGCAUAGCAUAACAUAGCAUAACCACGGGAGGUUGGUGGCACCUUAAUUGGGGAGGACGGGCUCGUGGUAAUGGCUGGAGCGGAAAGAGUGGAAUGGUGUCAAAUACAUUUACAUUUACAUUUACGUCAUUUAGCAGACGCUCUUAUCCAGAGCGACUUACAAAUACAUGGUUUCCAUGUGUUUGAUGCCAUUCACUCCAUUCCAGCCAUUAUUAUGAGCCGUCCUCCCCUCAGCAGCCUCCACUGAGCAUAAUAUAGCAUAACAUAAUGUAGCAUAGCAUAGCAUAAUAGUAACAUAGCAUAAUAUAGCAUAACAUAACAUAGCAUAAUAUAACACAAUAUAGCAUAACAUCACAUAAUAUUGCAUGUCCAGUUAAAAAGUAUAGUGCUCCGUGGAUCAAAUCAAAUUUUAUUUGUCACAUGCGCUGAAUACAACAGGUGUUGACCUUACUGUGAAAUGCUUACUUACAAUCCCUUAAUCAACAAUGCAGUUGUAAGAAAAUAGAGUUAAGAAAAUAUUUACUAAAUAAACUAAAGUUUAAAAAAGUAACACAAUAAAAUAACAAUAACGAGGCUGUAUAGAGGGGGUACCGGUACCAAGUCAAUGUGCGAGGGUACAGGUUACUCGAGGUAAUUGAGGUAACUUGUACAUGUAGGUAGGGGUAAAGUGACUAUGCAUAGAUAAUAAACAGCGAGUAGGGGGGGGGGGGGGACAAUGCAUUUAGGUCGGGUGGCCAUUUGAUUAAUUGUUCAGCAGUCUUAUGGCUUGAGGGUAGAAGCCCUUAAGGAGCCUUUUGGACCUAGACUAGGCGCUCCAGUACCGCUUGCCGUGCGGUAGCAGAGAGAAAAGUCUAUGACUUGGGUGACUGGAGUCUUUGACAAUUUUUGGGGCCUUCCUCUGACACUGCCUAGUAUAGAGGUCCUGGAUGGCAGGAAGCUUGGCCCCAGUGAUGUACUGGGCCGUACGCACUACCCACUGUAGCGCCUUACGGUCAGAUGCCGAGCAGUUGCCAUACCAGGCGAUGAUGCAACCGGUCAGGAUGCUCUCGAUGGUGCAGCUGUAGAACAUUUUGAGGAUCUGGGGACCCAUGCCAAAUCUUUUCAGUCUCCUGAAGGGGAAUAGGCAUUGUCGAGCCCCCUUCACAACUGUCUUGGUGUGUUUGCACCAUGAUUGACACAUUGAAGUCUUAUACACUUAUUUCUAAUGUGGUCCUCCAGACUGUCCUUACUAAUGCCAGUUUCUCUCUUGGGAUUGUUGACCAUCCAUCCUUCUCUCCACCCUGGUUUACUGCUUUAGCUUCUGAUUCCACACACCCGCUACACCCUCCAGAUCAACCUCUUGGCCCGGGCAUUUCUGAUAGCUGAUGAAGGAGUUUUCACUAAGGUAGGCUACUGAGUGGACUGUUUCGAUAGAAGUGUGUGGUGUCCAUAUUAGGAAUGACACGUUGGCUUGCUGGGAGGUUCACUAUCUCUCAUAGAACCAGUGUAAUAUUGCAGCUUAGUUAAAGUACAUUAUAACGGAAGUUGUGUCAGAGUCAGCAUACAUUCAGUUGUAUUUUUUUUUUGUGAACCUACAGUACCACCAAGUAACUUAAUAUAUGCCAUUUAGCAGACGCUUUUAUCCACAGCGACUUAGUCAUGCGUGCAUAUAUUUUACGUAUGGGUGGACCCGGGAAUCGAACCCAAUACCCUGGCGUUUCAAGAGCCAUGCUCUACCAACUGAGCUACAAAGGACCACAUCAUACUUGCUGGGAGGUUCACUAUCUCAUAGAACCAGUGUAAUAUUGCAGCUUAGUUAAAGUACAUUAUAACGUUACAUAAUUAUGUAAUCAUGUAACUUUUUAAGUGAGUAUAGGUGUAUAUUUUAUUAAAGCUUUUCCCCUAACCCCUGUAUCAUCGGACGUUGUAGUUUGCCGCUUCGGGCGGAGAGGGGAUGAUUGAGAUCCUGAGGAGAUCUGUGGCCUCAUUGACCUACAGCUCCCUCUGUAUGCCGGAAGACAUCACUGCCCGAGGUCUGGAGUCAGUCCCCAACAACUACUACAGGGAUGAUGGACUCAAGCUGUGGAACAUCAUCCACAGGUAGGCUACGACAGAGCAGACCUACGUGGUGGUAGUACAGUAUAAUCCGCUGGUAGAAUCUACAGUGUGAGCAUAGCUCUACAUAGAUAUGAUAUCUUCUUCCUUUGUUCUUCCGUCUUCGCUAUAGGUUCGUAGAGGGAGUGAUUGGUUUCUAUUACAAGAGUGACUCAGAGGUCCGGGAAGACCAGGAACUACAGAACUGGAUCAAGGAUAUCUUUGACCAUGGCUUCCUGGCCCAAGAAUGCACAGGUGACUAUGUACAGGGUAAUAGGUGGGGUGUGGUAAUGACGUAUGGUGAAAUGCCUUGUUUUUAACAAUGUUUUUUGUGUCUGGACCGUAACUUCCCUGGCAUAACUCACAACUUCACGUAUGGUGAAAUGUCUUGUUUUUAACAAUGUUUUUUGUGUCUGGACCGUAACUUCCCUGGCAUAACUCACAACUUCCAUGGACUUGACUGUCUUAUUAGUAACAGUCCACCCAGCUCCCCUGGCAUAACUCCAUUCAUCGCACACCUCUUUCUCGGUUCUUACCUUUCUGUCCAGGAAUCCCUCAGUCUUUCUCCACUGUGCCAGAGGUCGUCAAGUUCGUCACCGUGGUGAUCUUCACCAGCUCAGGCCAACAUUCUGCUGUCAACUCUGGACAGGUGGGUGUAGCGUAGCCCGUAUACUUUUUUUUCAAGGGUUUUAUUCAGUGGUGUAAAGUACUUAAGUAAAAAUACUUUAAAGUACUACUUAAGUAGUUUUUUAGGUUAUCUGUACGUUACUUUACUAUUUAUAUUUCCCCCAACUUUUACUUUUACUUCACUACAUUCCUAAUGAAAAUAAUGUACUUUUUACUCCAUUCAUUUUCCCUGACACCCAAAAGUACUCGUUCGAUUUUGACAAAAAAAUGGUCCAAUUCACACACUUAUGAAGAGAACAUCCCUGGCGGACUCACUAAACACACAUGCUUUGUUUGUAAAUUAUGUCUGAGUGUUGGAGUGUGCUCCUGGCUAUCCAUCAAUAAAAAAUACAAAUAAAAUGGUGCCGUCUGGUUUUCUUAAUACAGGGAAUUAUAAAUGGUGUAUACUUUUACUUUUGAUACUUAAGUACAUUUGAGCAAUUCCAUUGACUUUUGAUACAUAACUAUAUUUAAAACCAAAUACUUUUAGACUUUUACUCAAGUAGUAUUUUACAGGGUGACUUACUUUUAUUUGAGUCAUUUUCUAUUAAAGUAUCUUUACUUUUACUCAAGUAUAACAAUUGAGUACUUUUUCUACCACUGGUGUUAUUAAGCUAAAUCUAAGCGCUACUGCCAUUAUCUGCCUCAUCUAUAAUUUAGGAAGAGACAUAUUUGUUAAAAUGUUGCAAGGUUUUGCAGUAUUCCUUGCCUCUAUCAUAUCAUCAUUUCAGAAUACCACCAUAUCGGACGUCAGUAAUAAUCAGUCAUUCUUCUUCAUGUUACAGUAUGACUAUGGUGGCUGGAUGCCCAACACCCCCAUCUCCCUGCAACAGCCACCUCCCACCACUAAGGGGCAGUCUACUGAGCGCACCAUGCUGGAGACCUUCCCAGAUGUCGGCACCACAGCACAGGGCAUGUCUACCAUGUGGCUCCUUAGCAAGCAAUCCAGUGACUUUGUGAGUCUGUCAUCUUUCAUGAUCUAUUAUCAAUGUAAUCUAGGCACAAAAUACUAUAUUUAGGUACAAAAUAUCCUAUUUACGUGUGCUUUUUAAUGUUAAUGAUAUUGUUACUAGCAAUAUUUCUCUAACUUCGAUUAUUCUCCAUAUGCAGGUGGCCCUUGGCCAGUACCCCGAAGAGCACUUCAACGAGGUACCACCCUGCAGGAUGAUCGAGAAAUUCCAGGCGGAGCUGAAAGUCUUCAGCGAGACCAUCAAUGCCAGGAACUCUGGGCUACCAGUGCCAUACACCUACAUGGACCCUGCUGUGGUGGAGAACAGCGUGGCCAUUUAGAUAAGUCAAGGGCCUAGACCAGGGUCCAGUUCAUUAGGCACUAAUUGGAAGAAAACCGUGGAACUACCUGGACUUUUCCAAUAAGAAAGGUUUAUUUUGGUUGUCCUUUGUGUAUCGUUUUAAAAAGUGUUUUUGUUGCGUGCCCUGAUGAACAAGACCCAGGCCUUGUAAUGAUUCUGGAGGCAUGCACCAGUAAACAUGCCGCACCUUCAAUCUAUAUAUUUUUUUAUUGAGCAUAACCAUUUUUUUUUGCUUCGCUAAACUAAUGUCCCAAUUCUAUCAGAUAAAGGGAAAUCGCACUGUGGGUUCAGUCAGAAUGUUAUCGCUGUAUCAUAAGUGUUAACUGUGUUAAACCAACACACACUUUCACAUGAUGUCCCUCUCACGGACAAAGAAAACUUGUUGACGUUAUUAUUACCUUUGUACGUGUUAAUAUAUGUUAAGAAAUACAGGGUCUUUCUUACAGAUUAAUUUCUGGUGCCAUAUAACUACGGACUACAGGGAUUGCUGGCAAAAAUGAGCACUCCUGCUAAAUGGUGUGACACUGAAAUGUUGAUUAACAGUAAACAAGUGUGAGAGAACAAUAGGUGUGACUCUCGUUUACAAUUUAAAGCUAAUAUUCUUUAUCUCCGGUCUUCUUGUGAUAUUUGCCUGCACCUCAUCUCAUUUUGGUUGAAGCGCUGUCGACCUCCCUCAUGUAUUAAAUAAAAAAAGACAUGCAUAAAACGAUGAGGAAAUGAUGAAUUUAUAUGAAUUCCAGAUAUUUUGUUUAACACAACUCUCAUUUCCUGAUUUUUUUAAGUCACCUUUUUCAUACCGACCUGAACCAAACUGGUUCCAGUGACAUAACCUGACC